UCAAGAAGUCGAGGGAGAGAGAGGGGGAAAAAAGGGGAAAAGAAGGGAGGGGAAGAAAAAAUCCUCUUUCUCUCUCCUCUCUCUUCACCAGGAAGAAAGAUGGAAUCUUCCCCGGUCUUCUUACCGUACGCCGGGCCGGCGCAAGGUAGCAUCGCUGGGGCAGUGGAGGAGGAGAAGGGGAAGGAGAACGAGAUCUCCUCGCAGGUUGACCAGUUCCUCGUGGAGGCGAUAGAAAACCCUCGUCAUCGUCUCACCGUUCUGAGAAUGGAGUUGGAUAUUCAGAAGUUCAUGCAGAACCCAGAUCAACAUCAGUUUGAGUUCCAGCAUUUCCCAACUUCAUACCUCAGAUGUGCUGCUCAUCGUGUUGCCCAGCAUUAUGGCCUACAGACAUCAGCAUUAGAUUAUACUGUAGAUGGUCCAGGAAGCAAAAUAGUAGCAAGGAAAACACCUGAAAGCAAAUUCCCGGCCAUCUGUUUAUCAGAUAUUCCUCUAAAACAACCUGAAACUAACAAACCUCAUAAAGUUAAGAUUGCUAUCCUUCCAAGACAGGACAAACCUUCCAUGGCUGAUUCAGUCCAUCUUGGAAUGAAGAGAAAUACUAUGAGAACCGUGGAAGAGAGGGAAGAAGAAUAUGAUAAAGCAAGGGCCCGCAUCUUCAAUGGCUCUUCCAAACCAGUGAUAGGCCCAUCUUCUAUAUCCGCCACUGUUGAUAAAAGCAACAUAUGCCCAAGCUCAGAUGGGCAGGAAUCGUACAAGACUUCCAUUGAUACGAGUGAAAAAAACAGCGCGAAGGAUGGUGCUUCUCGAGUUGCCAUUUUCAGAGAUAGGGAAAAGGAUAUGACUGAUCCAGAUUAUGACCGUAGCUACACCAGGUAUAAUAAGGGUAUCACACCUUCCCAUAGUUUUAACUUGGCUCCGUGCAAUGUUCUUCAGCCUUCACCUGUGCAAUUUCAGGAGAGCAUUUCACACUUGGGUCAGUUACCUGCAACUCAACCUUUGGUGAGUUACAGACUGUCAGACCCGCCUAUGAGCCCCUAUGUUCCAGUUGGUCGCAAUCAAACUCCAGUGGAUACUGUCUACAUGCAAUGGCCAAAUCCUGCAGUUAUGUAUGCACAGUCCUAUGUUAGACGCCCCAGUUUGCAGGUUUCUGGUGGCACUAUUUGUAUUGAAAUGCGGUGCUUGUUUCAUGGCAGGCUCCAGUUUAUCAGCAGCCCCUGAGCUUUGAACGUUGGCAGAGCUACUAGGAAAUCAGGGGACCUGUGUAUCCGGAAUUUUGAUAUUUAGGGGACUACUAUUGUAAGACACCACCAAAUAUUACCGCAUAGUUCUUUUGUAUUUCUAUGUCUUCCGUCUCUACUGAAAAGAAAAGUCUCUUCUAGUUCUUGCUUCUGUAUUUCUACUGAGGGACAAUGCAAAUGUUGUGUUUGUUAACUAUCUUUUGCUGGAAUAGGAACAUUAUGUCUUUCCAUCUCUC